GGACCAGCGCACCUCCAUCAUUGAUGCAGAGGAGGUGAGAGAGGAACAUCCCUGCACUCACUGCUGCGCAAUUACUUUAAACCUGCUGUUCUCCUGCUGCAACAUCACAAAAGAGCGCAAAGAACCUGCUUUUUCAUUUUUUUUCAGGUUUCUCUACGCCUUUUAAGACGUUUGGUUAAUGCUGCGGUGGAUACGCUGAAGUCCAGAUGAGUCGCAUCUCUGUGGUUUAGUUGAGUGUGUGGGCAGAGGAGAUUGUCUUCCGAUCUGGAUUGAACUGAGUGGAACUGAAUCCAUUAAACCCGAUCACAAAGAGAGGAUGACCAUUUCGACAUGGGAGGAUAAUGUCACAGCGCUUCUUUGACUUGUUUUAAUUAGUUUACAAACAAAAUUGCAAAGCAAAAGAAAAUAUUAAUAAUCUGGACAUCUUUAUUCGACGUUUCAAGUCAUAUUAACCGUAUGAAUACAAUCAAACGCGUGAUUUGAAGUUGAAGAAAUCGUAAAUAAUGGGAAAUUAGCGCCGUCUGACCACUUUUAUAAUAUUUCACAUCUGCCAAAAGGAGUUCUCUUUUUCUUUCAGAAAUAUUAACUUUGGAUUUCCACAAUGGCAAUAAACACAGAUACGGAGUUUGCGAAAUCGAAUCUAGGGGAGAGUGGCGGCACGCAACCAGCCGAGACCGAGAAACUCCUCGUGACCACCGAGCCCACCGGGGUGAAGACCUCCAGCUCCUUCACGGUCAGUGUCGGGGAUGACAAGGCUCUCGACGGGGAUCAGAACGGCCACAGCCUGCCGCUGAGAUGCGAAUCAGUGGGGCAGCUCGGACCGGCUCCUCUCUCCCCGUCCAGAGCGAGCCGCUCAUCAUUCGCCGGUAAUGCCGCCCAAGAGCAGCAGAAACCCAAAGACUACCUCAUACUGGUCAUUUUUUCCUGCUUUUGUCCCGUGUGGCCACUAAGCAUCGUUGCGUUGGUCUAUUCAAUUAUGUCCAGAAACAGUCUACAGCAGGGGGAUAUGGAUGGGGCAAGACGCCUGGGACGCUUGGCUCGCCUGAUUAGCUGUGUGGCCAUCAUCGUGGGCCUCCUUAGCAUCAUAAUCUAUGUGGUGGUUGCAGUGACUGGAAAGGGGGCGUAGUAAGAUGAGAAACCCAUCUACAGCACUACUGCAAAAAAACUCACACACAAUGUAAUUAAAAUAAGAUCUCCCUCUUAACAAUAAUGCCACAAAAGUUGAAAAAGAAACGAGGACUGUAGCAACUAAAUAAGAUCUGAUUAAAUAGCAAAAAUGCAUGCAGUAGGUUAGCAUGCUCAGUGAAGAAGAAAAAAAAUCCCAUAUGUUAAAAAGAACAGUGAUGGCUUGCAUUAUGUAAAUGAGAAACAUAGCUGUUUCGGCAAGAACUCGCCUGAGGAUGACACAAAGGACGAGGGGACGCUUUUCAAAGAUGGUCUUUGAAAACAGGCUACGCCCGGCAAGCUGCAUUUUAACCUUAUAUUACUCCUGGUUGAUCUUGCAUUCGAAAAUUAUGCACAGAAAUAUUUGCAAUAUAACUACUGAUGUAUGUUUUAUAAAAAGAUUUAUAUGUGGAGUUUAAGCUACGGGAAUGAACUAGGGAUGGCAAGACUGUUAGAGGCCUUGUUAGACUUAACAGAAAUGGUCAGUGGGGUUGGAGUUUUCAUUUUUGUUUAUUUAUUUUGUAGGUUUUGAUUAUAAAAAUGACCACGUGCAUGCCUGAUCUUGUAUGUGAAUAACUGUCAGCAUUUUUCAUUACUAUCUUUUUUUAUCUGUGAGAGUAGUGGGUAUCUACAGAUGGGAAUGUAAUUCAUUGUCCAGUGCGUGUCCAAUGCUAUAUUCUCUCAAUGGCACAAAGUUCAUGGAGAGCUCUGUCCUAGCAAUGAGGCUCCACUACACGUCCUGCACUAGUAUAGUUUCCUUCAGAGAGGUAAGACUGUAACGUUAAGCAUGCCAUGCCUCUCUCUCCUGACAACAACUAUUGGAGCAUGGACAUUCAACUAGAGGCAUGCAAUGGCCAGCACCAUUCUGUGACAAGACCUUUAUAUCAGUAUGCUAAACAAAUCACAGGACUAUUCAUCUUUUCCAGGACAGAAUGCCAGUCUCCUUGUCAUAAAUCUCCCUUACUUAACCCUUAUAAAUAUGAGAUAUAUAUCAGCAUAUUUAUAGAAAUAUUUAGGCAUGCUGUGGGUGGACAAAACACUUUUUUAUCUUCACCUAGAAUGAGCUAAAUGACUUUUCUUUGACACGUCUCACAGUGUUGACUGCAUCUCUGUGACUGCUAAUUCAUCAAUCUGCUGAUAUUAAGACAAAAUUACACAAAUUAAAUAUGUAAAAGUGGAGGUACAGAUACAUAACAGCACUUAUCUGGAUAGUUAGACUAAGGGAUGGUUAGGAAGGAAACAUUCCACAGCAGUCUAUUGAUCUGCUUCAUUCAUACUUAAGUAUUUUACUGCCCUGUCAUAGAUUUAUAAGCACUUUAUCACUUAUUUUUCAUCAUUAUUCUCGUGUCUUGUCAAUACUUUUGUGUCCUACAAGUAUGACCUUCAUGUAUAAACUAGACUGUUAGCACCUAAACACCUAAGACUUCAUUUAUAGGCAUUGUACUAAAUAGUUUAGUGUUUUGUAAAUUCAUGUGAUCAGAUGCCUCUUUUUUUCUGGAAAUUGAUGCUACUCAUAACUAUUUUGUUCACUGUAAGCAAUUAUGUUACUGUGUAAUUCAUAAUAACCAUUAGGCCCAUAUGAAUGAGAUGCAAAAAUGCUGCUAUGUGUCUUUUAAAACUGUGAUUUGUUAUGUACAACAUAUGUUUUUCUAUGUACCUUUGCAAGUGUGAAAUAAACUUUAACAUGCAUGGUCCACAA